CCGAGGAACCCGACACAACUUUUCAGGUCGGUUACAUUUUAUUUACACGUUGUGUCUUUUUAAUGCAUUUCCUUGUGUUGUUUGUUAAAUCUAAGAUCGGGAAUGGGUGCUCGAUGUAUUGCUUCUGAACUGCUUCUAUAAAAUGUUUUGUGAUUUUACAAUCUCUUGCUUUUAAUUAAACGCUUGUACAAAUUAUUCUGCAAUAUAAGACUCGUAUUUUGGUGGGAAAAAAGUUUCAUAAAGUUUUCAAGUGGGAUUUUUCAGGCAUGUUAAGACCCAGAUAUACUAAUUAAUAUCAAUAUUCUCUUUUUAAUUAAUAUUUUUCAGCGUGGGGAAAAUAAAAAUAGCAAAGUUGGCAAUAUUCAGAACUAUUUUUCUAGAUCCUCACAGUACUAAAUAGAAAACAUUCUCUCUGCUUUAUAUCUUAGAUGGAAUCAGCAGAUCUAAUACUACUAUAUAGGAAUAAGCGCUAACUUAUAAUAAAAUACAGUUUUAAGUUAUAAUUUGCCAAUUAAAUUAUAAACCAUUGUGUUUCAGGAAUAUCAAUAUUGUAUGAUGUGCCUUAUUAAACUUCCAAUUCUAUAAAACAUUUUGUAGUUAUUUGGAGCAGUAUUCCAGUAGAAGAAUUAAAGCUAAAACAAUAAUUAAAAAAUAAUAAUUAAAAUAAUGUAUAGAAUGUGCAUUUGAUUGUAUCCUAAGACAUAGUAUUGCAAAGGGCCUUUCAGAACGAACUACUCUGGUAAGAAAAGGAGAAGGUUAAUGGUUAGAAUGCACAGUAGUCGAGUCAAAUGAAGAAUCUGAAGUUUGUAUGCAAUACAUCAGUAAAGUCAGCUGAUUGUUGAAAAACGUGUUUUUGUUUUUAAUUUUACCAAAAAUAUUGCACUGCAUAAAAUGUAUAAAUUCAGGAUUUCUUUGGCCAUCUCUAAAAAUAAUAAACGGCUAUUGUCAUACGAGUGUUUUAUAUAACAAUGCUGAGCAGGAGAAACUUGCUGAAGGAAAGCCUUUUCAGAUUUAGGAAUUGGCACAAUUUACUUUACAGUACAAUUAAAAAAGACUGAACGCAAUGAAAUCUUUCGAGGAAUUUACACAGCACGUAGUACUUAAUCAUAGGCUUUUAUGUGGAGGUAAAUGUAUAGUUAUGAUUCUGUAUGAAUCUGUUUUGUUGUUGUGGAGUUUAAAAUGAAAUAGUAUUUUUAUUUUUGCAAAAUGAGAAUGUCGAUAAACAGGAAUUUUAAUCUGAUGACUAAACUAUAGAAAAGCUGAUAUUUUUAUCCUUUCUAUUUUGGAUCUAUGAAUUUUUCUAAUGCAGAAUGUAUCGAGGUAUCGUUGAGAAUUUUGUUCUAGACAGAAUAUACGUUGGUGCCAAGUAAAUUUGAUGUAACAUUUGUUUAGAGUACUUAAUUUGCCCAAUGUGUCAGCAGCAACUGUGGUUUGGCAAAGUUACAAUGCUUAAAUCAAAAAACAGAAAAAAUAACAACUUUAGCAUGGGUUUUUAAAGUGAAGCACGUGUUGCAGGUGAACAAAUAUACAUGGAAAUGUAUUUUCAUUCUUCCACAGAUUCCGAGAUUAAUGACUUUACAUUUGCCUGGGGAGAGACAUUUUCAUACACCUUUCUUUAACUUGUCCAAUUUACUGGUUCUGCUUUUCAUCCAUGUGUUUUAUAUUGCAAGCUUAGUGAAAGUGUGUGAUAAAGACAUUAGUGGGAGUUAUACUGUGACUAAAAUAGAAUUUAUGCUUAGUUACACUACCCCCAACACAUACACUACCCCAACACUUACAUUAUCCGUCGUCCGUUAACCCUUACACUACCCCACUUACAUUAUCCCUCGUCCAUAAAACCUUACACUACCCCAACACUUACAUUAUCCCUCGUCCGUUAACCCUUACACUACCCCAACACUUACAUUAUCCCUCGUCCAUUAACCCUUACACUACCCCAACACUUACAUUAUCCCUCGUCCCUUAGCACUUAUUCACCACAAUACUUAUAUUUUCAUUGUCUUUAACCAUUACCCCUGGCUCUUUACACUUCCAUACUAACCCUGGCCUUGAAUCCCUAUAUUGCCAUAAUAUACUCUGAAUGGCUUUAACCCUUAGUGUUUUAACAUACUAUUCCUUGCUUUUAACACCUACAUUACCUUAACAUACUACUCCUUGCUGUUAACCCCUAGAUUUCCAUUUUACCCCUUACUUUUAACCCAUACAGUGCUGUAACAUACCACCCCUUACCCUUAAAUCCCUACACUACACCUAACAUAAUAACCUAGUAUAGAAAAUAUCAUGUAAUAUUAAGGAUACAUAUGGAAAUGUGCAUUAUGGAAUAAUAAUGGCAUACAGGGUCUUGGUGACGUUUACAAACCGUUCUACUUUCAUUAUAAUGAUUUAUUAUGUCUCCAGAAUCCCGUGAUCGCAUUACUUUUCCAUACUACAUGCAGUUUCACAGUUCUGUAUCCUUUAAAUAUAAUGCUGCAUAGCUUUACCAUACCUGUGUCACAUUGUGGAACUUUCCCUUAGACCGAACAAGUAGAUUCGCUUCCCAGAUUCAAAUUCAAAAUAUGCAAGUUUUGGUUGUUUUCAUCCCUUCCUUCCCAUGUUUUUGUGGAUUUCCUCAAUGAAUUUCAGAUUUUAGACGAAAAUAGUCAAAGUGGAGCCAUAGCUGGCUUAGAGAAUUUUUCCUUGAAAGUGAAAUUCCCUUUGAAAACACAGGUUUUGCCAUUUUUGGACUCUUUAGUAUAACAGUAGCUUUGGUUCAAACAAUCCUUUCAUAUCUACUGGCCCUGGUGUCAUUUUUAUUUUUUCCAAUUCAUUUAAGUUUGCCCUGUUUGUAAAUCCUUCACAAAAGUAUUUUUGGCAACGUGCUUUAGUCACUUUUUUAUAACAGAAUUUUAAGGAGAUGUGCGGAUGUAUUCAUUUGUUUCUCUUAUUCUUACAUGAUAAUUACUGUUACAUUUGUUUUUUUUUCUUUAAAUCUAUUAAAAACCAAGGUACUUGUAUUUUCAUAAAAAUUUAAUUUGCAUACCACACAAAAUGACCCCAAAUUAGCCUGAAUUUAAACAUUUUCAGUCUUGGUGACUGAAUAAGAAUGUCAUGAAGUGCCUCCCCUGCCCCAUACAAUGUGCAUUAAUACUAUUAAAUAAAUGGCAAACCAAUGGUCAUUUUUAUAGUACUUUGUAUAAUGUAAUUUUUGUAAUAAUAUCGGACAGUUUAAACCUGAAGGAUACUAUUAACUUUUUGCUUGUUUUCCAGACAUCCUGUGAUCUAGAAGUUAUUCUUGUUGCAGUAGAGACCUCUCUGAUUUUGGGGAGACCCUGUGUAAAGAGUCUAGAACUUUAUUUGUUCUAUAUUGUAAUAGAAUCGCAGAAAGAGCUACUGCGCUAAUUUUACAUUUGAAGAAUUCAUCCUUUUUCCCCAACUAUGUCAUUUUGGGCUCUGUCAAAAAGGUGUUAAGAAUUCCCUUUAUUUCAUGCCUGAGGAGCACAUACUAGAAUAGUGGUAGGCAACCUUCGGGUGCUCUUACACCCAUAAUGCUGGUAAAGCAUUAUGGGAGGUGUAGCCCAAAACAUCUGGAGUGCUGAAGGUUGCCUAUGCCUGAUCUAGAAAGUCUCCACAGAGAUAUAUCUGGCUUUUACAGUAUGGACGUGGGGUUUUAUAUUAUAUAUAUUUACAUUUUGCGACUUUAUGAAUAUACAUUCUUUUACAAUAUUUGGUGUUUGAAAUAAAACCUAUUUAAAUGACCAGCCUGACAGCACCAUUGGGUCUGUUGCACAGUUGGCAUGGCAUUGUCAAUGUUGCAUUUUACUAACAUGAUCUUUCUUUAAAUAGUUUUGCAUAGAAUCCGGUGUCAUCGGGGAGAAUGAAUAGGUGUGGAGUAACGUUGGUGUCCGUUCACAUUCUGGUCUUAACCUUGUGCGUGAAUACUCUUGCCACAUCCAAUAUAAGCCUGCGGACAUUUAUUGGCUGCGCCGUGAGGGAAUUCACCUUUCUGGCCAAGAAACCUGGGUGUAAAGGUCUACGUGUCACCACUGAUGCCUGCUGGGGGCGCUGUGAAACCUGGGAGGUGAGCAUUUUGAUACAGUACAGAAAUAGGUUUACUCAGAACAUAUGUCAUGGAAAUGAAUCAGUCUUAUUAUUUUCGGUUAUCCGGUGCAAUAUUUUACCCUGCUAAGCUUUUUUUGCUCAUACAUGAUCCAUGAGAUUUUAUAUAUCACACAACUACUAAAUCUCUGAAAAUACAAUAUUUGCAUGAAAAUGCUUUAAGGAAACUUUUAUACUCACCAGAACAAAUACACUAAGCUGUAGUUGUUCUGGUGACUAUAGUGUUCCUUUAACUGUGCCUUCAUUUGGUUGGGGAACCCCACAUCAGGCUAUCAAAUGAUGGUAGUAAUCUACUAAAAAUGUGGCUCCAUUAAAUAGGUGAUCCCAUUUAACAGCACCCUAAUUUGGCAUCAUAGGCAGAAGAACCCCCCAUUAGAGUACCAUGUUAAGAGCGCCAUCUACUAAACCGUACCCUUUAGGGAAUAAUGGAUGGACACAUUUUAGGUCUUCAAGAAUUUGACAAGUUUUUGUAUUACUGAAACUGAAAACAAACUUUUUUUCCUCCUUGCACAUGUCUAUUAGUCACCUUGGUUAAGGCGAUCCCAGAGGAAUGUUAAGAUGGGAACCCAGACCGUAGCGGGGUUAUUUGUUUUAGAAUGGGUGUGAUCACUUGGUGUUUGAAGGACGAAGGUAAAUUGCCAUUGGAAAGAGAUUGUAGCUUGUAGUCAACAAUGGAACUGUCCCAGAUAACAGAUUAAGUAAGGUAUAAGGCACAUGGUAGGGCAGAAACAGGGAAAGGGAUUUAAGCGUAGAAGAGGAGGCCGGUCAAAGACAUUCAUGGAAAGAAACAAGCAAGGUAAUUUCUUUUAGGAUGUUGUCAAUCUUUUCUAUGAAGUAGGAUGCAAAAUUGACAGCAGUGAGAUUAGUAAAUGGUGGAUGCAAUAUGGGGAACAUUAGUGAGUUAAGUUUUAAACAGGUGUUUGGGGUUGUGUGAGAAAGUGUAGAAUAUGGAGGUAAACUGUUUGUGUGGCAAAGGUGCAGGUCCUGGAACAGAGCAUAUUAAUGCAGGAAGUCAGGACGCCUGGAUCACUUGCUCCUGUAAUGUUCUGCCACACUUGAGCACUUUUGGAGGUACAACCUGGUGCUUUGUACAUCUCUUUAGCCAAAGUCACUUAAGCAUGCACACAAACUCUCUCAUUUCACUAUGGAAAUAACUUGGACAUUCGUUUAAAAUUCUAUAAUAGAGACUCAAGCUGCAAUAAGUUGUUUUCAUAGCCAUUGCAAUAGGUUACGAGUCUUCAAGAUGUAAAUUACAUGUAUGCAUUUUGUCUACAUGGACAAAGGUCACACUUUUGCCAAAAAGAUGUAGCUCUGUCUGUUGUGUUUUAGAUGCUGGAUUGUAAUUUAAUUUUCCCUGGUUUGUUUUGUGAUUGCAGAAGCCUGUUCUGGACCCCCCUUACAUUGAAGCUUACCAUAGAGUGUGCACAUACAAUGAAACAAAGCUGGUUACCAUCAAGUUACCAAACUGCGUUCCCGAUGUUGAUCCUUCAUUUACCUAUCCCGUGGCAAUUCGAUGUGACUGUGGCAUCUGCUCCACAUCAACCACCGAGUGUGAAACCAUUUGAGAAUUCAGUUUUGUAAGAUUUAGAACGAAACCCACGUAUGGCAUAAAUUAAAGUCAUUUUAAAGGUGCACCUUAGAAUGUAGCAGAUAAGACAUCCGUAAAUUAAAGUGUAGCAAUGUUGACAUAAUGAUAUAACUAAGAUUAAAUUGCUGUUUGUUGAUAGCUCACGAGCCUGAAAGCUUCACUACGCUGAGCCCUGACUGUCAAAAGAAUAGUUGGUCCAUAAUGUAAGUCAAUUCAAUUUCUCUGUAUUUUCAUGUAAAUGUAAAUACAUAAAAAUUUAAUUGUACUUCGUAUAAUAAACAUACAUACACA